UGCUUUUUAUUUCUGUUCUUCUCUUCUUGAUCUUCUCAAUCUUCUGCUGUAAGAUAUUCUAUUCCUUACUUACCAUAUAUACUACUUAUGUCGAUAUAAGUAGCUCACACCACACUACUAUUUUUCAUCGUACCAAUAGUAGUAAUAAGAGUAGUUGUAGUAUGAGUAGUAUUAGGGUGAGUAGUAGUGGUUAUUUUAGUAGUAUUUAUCCUAUCAGAAUCACUCAUAAAUUUUAUGAACAAUUCUUUCUGAAAAUGCUUUUUCUACAUUAAUCAAUGACAUGGCUACAAUGAAGAUCAUGUGUUUCAUGUUUAUAGAUGUAAUUUAAUUCUUAUCAUCACAUUUGUUGUAACCAUUAAUUAAAGUAAAUCGAUUACAAGUAGAGCACUUUGAAUUUUUAGGUGUUAAGUAAUCAGUAACAAUCGAAAUAAUCCGCCUAUAAUCCGCCAUUAUUUCAUAAAACAAUGUAUUAAUCUAAAUAAAGAAAGAUUAUUUUCAAAUAAUUAAUUACUCAGAGAUACAUCGAUAUCGACUUAGACAUUGAGAAACGAAUGUACUCUUAGUUGUAAAAGACAUUCGACAAAGAUUCGUCCCAGUUGGGGUGCUAGUGAGAAUUAGGAGCAUUGGACAGUUGUUGUGUCCUAAUAAUGGACUCCCUAGCAUCGAUUUUCCACGUCUCUCCUAAACAUCGAACGAGAGAUAUUCAGGUCUCAUUACACAUGCUUAACAUUUAGACUGUUGAGUUGAUAUAUAAUGCAACGAUCAUUCAACAUCAUCGGGGAAGAAAGUCUCACUCUUAACAUGUCUGAAAUCCACGGGAAGCUGUGGAAUUCAUCUAAGUUGAUAGCGAGAGUACUAAUACUGAAAUGGUUUUGUGAACAUGAUUUCUAGACUAAAUCAUGUCAUUGAACCAAUGUGAAAACAUGCGAAAAGUUCUGUAUAUAUCUCACCAUCAUUACAACGGUCAGCUAAAUUUAUAUACUUAAACAAUAAAACGCACAAGCAAAAUUCAGGUGAAAAACGCGAUCCCCAGCAUAGAGAAACAUCUGAAGUGUGGUUAUGGAACUUCAAGAUGUAAACAUGCAUCUUCAUGUGUUUAGUGUAUAUAUCUGAGAUUGCACAAUAAUGGUCUAAUUAAAUCAAUCAGUAAUACGUCGUUUAAGGUUAGUCCCUUCAAAUAAGAUAAUUAUCAUUUUACUUCUUUUAUAUUGUUUUUCUCCUCAACACUGCACAUUGAAUAUUGAACGGAGGUCGUGGACACGUAUGUGCGUCAAGUUGGAUUCGAAACAUUUUAAAAUCUAAUUUUACUUAAUUCAUAGCGAUGUAUAUGAUCAUAUGAUGAAGGUCAUGAGAUUAUUAAGUAUAGUAUGAACAGUCGUAUUAAUAUGGAUUUCUGGAAAUGAGGUCACCAAUCAGAAAUACGUAAACAUCCAUAUGGAUCUAUAUCAUAAGAAAAAUCCAUGAUUUCUUGCACAACAGCAUUAAGAGCCAACGGAAAGCAAAAAAAAAGAUUUGAGCAACAAAAACAAGAAUACAACAUAAUUGUGAAGGGUAAACACAUCAGAACAAGAGUGAAAUUUGUCUGUCCAACUACUAUAACCCCCUCCAUUCCAUUUUUGACGAAAUACAAACACACUAACAAUUGUUAA